UACCUGCCUGGGCCUCAGUUUCCAAAUCUGUGCAAUGGGGGUGACCAUCCCUGCCCUGCUGGCCGCCAGGAGUGGCUGUGAGUCUGUGGGCGUGGCAGCGGCCUGCAGGAAGUCAUAGGGCCCUUUCACAGGCCCGGCCUUCACCAUGGCGGGAGGGAGACCUCAGCUGAAGAGGAGUUUCUCCAUCAUUCCCUGCUUUGUCUUCGUGGAGUCGGUGCUGCUGGGCAUCGUGGUCCUGCUUGCUUACCGCCUGGAGUUCACGGACACCUUCCCCGUGCACACCCAGGGCUUCUUCUGCUAUGACAGCACCUAUGCCAAGCCGUACCCAGGGCCUGAGGCUGCCAGCAGAGCACCCCCAGCCCUCAUCUACGCCCUGGUCACCGCUGGGCCCACCCUCACGAUCCUGCUUGGGGAGCUGGCACGUGCCUUUUUCCCUGCACCACCGUCAGCCAUCCCAGUCACUGGGGAGAGCACCAUCGUGUCCGGGGCCUGCUGCCGCUUCAGCCCCCCGCUGCGAAGGCUGGUCCGCUUCCUGGGGCAGGUGGUGACCGGCAACCCGACGCCGCACUUCCUGUCCGUGUGCCGCCCCAACUACACGGCCCUGGGCUGCCCGCCACCCUCACCGGACCGGCCAGGGCCCGACCGUUUCGUCACUGACCAGGGUGCCUGUGCUGGCAGCCCCAGCCUUGUGGCCGCUGCGCGCCGCGCUUUCCCCUGCAAGGACGCUGCCCUUUGCGCCUACGCCGUCGCCUACACAGCGAUGUACGUGACGCUCGUGUUCCGCGUGAAGGGCUCCCGCCUGGUCAAACCCUCACUCUGCCUGGCCCUGCUGUGCCCCGCCUUCCUGGUGGGCGUGGUCCGCGUGGCUGAGUACCGCAACCACUGGUCUGACGUGCUGGCCGGCUUCCUGACAGGGGCGGCGAUCGCCACCUUUCUGGUCACCUGUGUCGUGCACAACUUCCAGAGCCGGCCACCCUCUGGCCGAAGGCUCUCCCCUUGGGAGGCCCUGGGCCAAGCCCCCACCAUGGACAGCCGCCUCGAAAAGUUAAGUGUGGCCCAGGAACCCGAGGCCUGCAGGCCGCAUUCGACACCGGCACGGCUCACCCCAUCCAAGCCGCAGAACUGCGCCCACCGUGGCCACCUGAUCCCCAGCUGCGUGUCCUCCAGGGCUCCAGCCAUGUGUUCAUCACCCCGUGUGCCCCGCCCUCGACUGAGGUCUGAGCCAACACCCUUGCCUCUGCCCCUGCCCCUGCCAGCACCAACCCCCAGCCAGGGCCCCUCGCCCUCCUCCCCUGGGCUUGGGGGGCCGGGCGGGGGUGGUGGCCGUGGCCGGAAGCUGCUGCUGCCCACACCCCUUCUGCGGGACCUGUACACCCUUAGUGGACUCUAUCCCUCCCCCUUCCACCGGGACAACUUCAGCCCUUACCUGUUUGCCAGCCGUGACCACCUGCUGUGAGGCCCAACACCCACCCAGAAUCUGCCCAGUCCCCAUUUCUUCCCUGCCACGCGUGUGUGUGCGUGUGCUGUGUGAGUGCCAAAGCCCUUGUCCCCAAUCCAGCCAGGCCCAGACAUCAGAGGAUAGCUGGAAGGACAUCCAGGGGACCCCCUGCCUCUCUUGCCCUCUGCGACAUCCAAGUGGGCAUAAUUGGGAGAUGGGUCCUUGCCUCCUAGGAUUGCCCUUUUAAUGGCCAAAGCCUGACUCUACUGGCCAUUGCCCAGCCAAUGGGAGUCCCCCAGUUCUCAGAAUUCUGGCCAAAAGGAGUUUACUCCAGCCAAUAGGAGCCUCCCCAUCAUUUCUUAGAAUCCUCAGGCAAGAGGGCAACUCUCGCCAGUGUUCAGCGUCUGAACAAUGAAUAGGAGUCCUUGGUUCUCAGUUUCUAGGGUGGGUGGGUAUGAUUCCAGUCAAUGGGGGACCGCCCAUGUCUAAGCAUGUGCAAAGGAGAGGAGGGAGAUGGGGUCAUCUUUUGUCAUCGGGUCCUCUCUCCUCAGAAUCAGAGAGUCCAACUGGAGGGUGGGGGGCAGGCUCCCCCGUGGCAGGGUCCUUGGGGUACCCCUUCCUCUCUCAGCCCCUCCCUCAUGUGCAAUCUCUCACCCAGUCCCUCCUAACUCCCAGCUUAUGCAGGGCUUGCCCCAGUUCAGAGGUUUUGGAGUUCAGGGUGCUGCAUCCUUCCUUGCCUGUGCCCAGGUCACCCCAAAUCCUUCUGUUAUUUAUUAGGGCCGUGGGGAAGGAGUUUUUUUUCUUAGAACCCACCCCUGUUCUUCACACUGCCCCCCAUGCCUCAGCCUUGUACACAUGUGCCAUCAUAGGGGCACAGGUGGAGCAAAGAGGGCUCCGCACCCCAGGCAGCCAAAGGCAGUGGGCAGGGGAGACACUGCCCCCUUUUCCUGCCCCCUCCUCAUCUUUAAUAAAGACCUGUUUGUAACAGAAGUUUGGCUACCUGCCUUCCUCCCCCAGGUGGCAGGGUGUGGAGGACUUUAAUUUUGGGUCUAGGUGUCAGUGAGGCUGGGUGUGAGUGUAUUGUCACAGGGCGAUUGUGGAGAGGCAGCAUGGGGCUGUGGGGUCGGUGACUUGGCUUUAAAUCCUGGCUCAGCAUUUCCUGGUUGUGUGGCCUCAGGAAAGUUAAUUAACCUCUCUGUGCCCUUGUUUCUUCAUGUCAAGUUCGAACAGCCCUACAAGCCGCAUGUAAGGCACACAAACACACGGUGAGGGGCCUCAUAAUGACUGCCUUCCCCAGGUGGCUGGUCUGUUUCUGACCAUGGCCAGGGUGCAGAGGGCACAGGGAAUCGGGUGAGGGGACCCUAAGGGUUCUAAUAGAAGGGGAUGCUGAAAGCUGUAGGAACCUCCAAGCUGAAUCCCUGACUACAUGGAUUUGAGCAGGGGUUAUGAUUAUGAGGUUCUGCUGGGAACCAAUCCCUGAGGACCCAGCAGAGACCAGGGAAGGUAGGAGGGACACGGAGCCACAGACCACCUCCCCCCGUACACACGCUGUGGCUCUUAGGGACUUCAGACAGGCCAUUCAGGGCACGGAGUCAUCCAGAAACUAGGAAAGGGGAGUCUGCUUUCCUUUCUUUCUCGUUUAUUCAUCCAUCCAUCCAUUUAUUCAUUCAG